GAGGACUCCUACCGUAGGUUCAUUAUAUGCGGCGGCCUUUGAAAAUGGUCUUGCUGAUAUGGCUGCGCAGACCCACCACAAAAGGCCGACCUGAGGGCAUGAGGCAUGGUUAGCUUUCUGAGCGAAAGGGAUAUCAAGGAUCUCCAAGACUAUCUUGGUUUGGGAGCAGGAGGAACAGCACGCCGUACGACAACAGUCAACCGGUCGAGACUCGCAACCGUGGAGGCAGAGAUUCCAUUACUGACUUCGAUGAUCCAAGAGUUGGAUUCGGCCAUCGCCGGACAUACUGACAUUCACAACUCCUCCACCAUCGUUUUUGAGAAAGCCAGCCAUCUAGCUUCACUGCCAGCCGAAAAAUGUGAAGCAAUGUUUGACGACAUCAAGGUGAAGACGAAUAUGAAGACAGGCAAGAUGGAACCGAACCUGCUGCGUGCGGCCAGAGAGGUUGUUUCCAAGACUUUUGCAGAACAGGUUUGCAUGCUGGCGGAGCGGCAUCCUGAUAUUCGCAGCAUUUUGAUCCGUACUCUUACCAAGUGCGGUUCCAUUGCGAAUGAGAUCGGACCACCCUGUCUCCACAGCAUGGCGCUCUUGGCCCAAGCGGAUGAUGACACAUGCCAGGCCGUCUUGGAAGUAGACCAGGAGGCAGGGAUGGGCCUGCAAUAUGCUCGGUUGGAGGAGCUGGACGAUGAAAAGGUGCAACAGCUGCUGCACAUGUUAGACCCUGAGAUUGUCCAGUCCGACGAGCGCCUACUGGGAGCUGUCCUGAGGAAUUUGACGCAGUUCCUUGAGAAAGAUGGUGAGGCCGCAGACAAGUUCCGCAGGAAUCAUACCAGAAGCGUGAUCGACCGGACCUUCAAGGUCCUGGCAACGAAUUGCGCACGAGAGACCUUUGGAAACCCUGAUGAGGAGGAACAAAAGGUCACUCUCAGCGAGCAAUGUGUCCAAGUGCUAAUCACUGCCUCUUUCCAGCCUUUGCUUCGGCGUCAUCUUCGCAGAGAGGUAUCCAAGGACUUUCUGAAGAUCCUGAAAGACCAUGAGACCUUGGAUACUUGGACUUGCAGGGAUGUGAACGUGGAGCUGACCUGGACAGGGCGGCACUUGGACUUGCUGCUCUCCUGCCUGAACACGACCUCGCCAAUGUGUUUGAACAAGGACAUGAAGCAGGCCUUCCGCGUUUUUCAUCGCAUUGCCAAUGUCAUGGCUGGCGUGGGAGACUGCCCAGAGAUGGCCCGCACUGCCGAGGAGCGUGCAGCGGAGGAAACAGUCUUCUGGGAUGAGAAGCUCAUGCGCCAGGAGGCGAAUUUGCUCGACGAUAUGGCAUAUGAAGACCAGUUGCAGCAGCAGAUGAUGUUCUUCUCCUUCAAUGGUAUUGAGGGAAUGGCUCCUCAGACGCACGUCCUGGGACCUGGGACUAGAUGAUCUGGUUUUGGUGGGGAUUCGUGCGCCAUAAGAUCGAGGCCUGUGUAUUUCACGGAAGAGCCAAGCUUUUGGUUUAGGAAAUUUGGAAUUUGAGAGAUGUCCAAAUUGAAAUAUGCUUUGCUGACAACUUGUCAAAGAGAAAGCGAGGGCCAGGACAAUUUGUAAAUUGUUUGAGGAGCAAUGUUGGCUUUGACAGCAAUAGCAUGGUACAUAGUUUCUAGGCAUGGAAUCAAGUCUUGGGUGACUUUAGUUGUUGCAGGAGCUCUAUCAAACUUAAAGAAACAAGGGAUGAAUUCGGAGCAGAUACCCUAUAUAUAUAUAUAUCAGAUUCAAGUGAAAAAGCACUUCAGCAAAGGUACACUUUC